AGGAUGCUGUCACAAAGUUCGAAGAAGGCUGUCUCGACGCUACGUCGUUCUUAUGCCAGGCUCCUCCCAGCUGGCGCCCGGCAGUACAUGCAGAGGGUCUCCAGGUCCAAGUUGCUGGAGCAACGAGGCGGCUUCCCGUCGACGUCUCGUCCUCAGGUUCUGCGGCUGAACGAUCAGCCUCUGCGAUGGAUGUCUGCCGAGCCGCAAUCGGAGGAGGGAAAGGAGAAGCCCGAAGAAGUCAAGGAGGAGGCGAGCAAGACGCCGGAAGCUGCGCCGAUCAACAUCAAGGGGAAGGAGGAGAUCGUGGGGGAGGAAAAGAGCUACGGGUUUCAAGCGGAGACGAGGCAGCUCCUGGACAUCGUCACGCACUCCUUGUACGCGGACCGCGAGGUCUUCGUGCGUGAGCUGGUGUCGAACGCGAGCGACGCGCUGGAGAAGGCGAGGCACGUGCUCCUGACGUCUCAGGGAGGAGCAGACACGGAGAAGUUAUCUAUCAGCAUCUCUGUGGAUGCUGCGGAGAAGAUGUUCGUGAUUGUGGACAAUGGCCUCGGUAUGACGAAGGAGGAGAUGAUGGAGAAUUUGGGGACGAUUGCGAGGUCGGGCAGCAAGGCGUUCUUGAACCAGCUUGCCAACCAGGCGGGUCAAGGGAACGACCUGAAGAACAGCAUCAUCGGGAAGUUCGGAGUAGGGUUCUACAGUGCGUUCAUGGUGUCCGAGAAGGUUCAAGUGUUCUCCCGCAAGAGAGGCGAGGAUGCCGGACAUUGCUGGACCAGCCAGGGCGACGGGAGCUACACCAUCGCACCGGCGAGCGGAGUGGAGGAGGGAACGAAGAUCGUGCUGUACCUCCGAACGGACGCGCUAGACUUUGCCAAGGAAGAGACGGUGAAGACGAUCGUGAAUAAGUACUCGUCCUUUGUCGCCUACCCGAUCCUCUGCAACGGAAAGCGAGUCAACGAAGUCGACGCUCUCUGGCUCAAACCAGCCGACAGCAUCACCACUGAAGAGCACACCAACCUCUACCGUCACCUCGCCAAGGCCUACGACGCUCCGACCUACACGCUUGUCUUCCGCGUGCUGACGAAGAGGGUGAUCCGAUGGCUGAUCGACGAGGCGAAGAAGAGCGAGAAGGACUACGAGGAAUUCUACAAGAACUUCGGGCUGAUGCUAAAGGAGGGUGUGGCCAUGGAUCAGAAGAACGCUCCUCAACUCGCGAAGCUCCUCCGAUACCCCUCGAGCGCCAUCGAGAACGACGAGGUGACGUCGUUGGAUGCAUACGUGAGCCGUAUGAGGGAGGGGCAAGACACCAUCUACUACCUCGUCGCCAACAGCUACAACGUCGCCGUCUCCUCUCCUUACUUCGAGGCCUUCAAGAAAGCAGGGAUCGAGGUUCUCUUCUGCUACAACGACCAUGACGAGAUUGUCCUCGCCAACCUCGCCCGCUUCGGCGACAAGCAGCUCAAGUCCAUCGAAGUCGUGGAGCCUCCAAAGGAGCUGAUCGAGAAGAUGGAGGAGAAGAAGGAGGGAGAAGAGAAGGACAAGGAGGAGGCGUCUACUCCCAGCAUGUCAGAGGACGAGAGCAAGGAGCUCACGAGCUGGAUGAAAGAAUCCCUGGGGAAGAGAGUCUCCGAUGUGCAAGCAACUGAGAGGCUGGUCGACUCUCCUGCCAUCAUCUCGGAUCACGACAACGCCGUCACCAGGAAGCUGAUGAGGAUGUCUGAGUUCAAGAGCAUGGGGGUCACACAGCCGGCCGGUUACAAGCUGCUUGUCAAUCUCAAACAUCCCAUCCUCGUCUCCUUGUCCAAGGCCAAGGGUGAGAACCCUGAGCUUGCGAAGCUGGUGGCAGAGCAGCUGCUGGACAACGCGAUCUUAUCCGCAGGCAUCCUAGACGAGGCCCGGGAGAUGCUGCCGAGGCUGAACGAGAUUCUUAAGAGCGUUUUGAAGUGAAGGCAACAGGCAGGAAGCGGGAGGACAAGGGGAGCAGGGAACGUUUUGACCAGUCCGACCCUGACAGUUGGUCGAGCGAAAAGAUCCUUGGAGUCAUUUCAUUUCACAACUUUUAGAUUCUUUCUUCUGUUUACAUGUCCCAUGAC